AUGGCAACAAUAGCAGACAGCCCUAAGGGCAGCGUGGAGACUCCUUUGAACUUUGACCCCAAACAUGGCCAUAAAGAAUCCCAUGGACCUGAAAGGGACCCUGUUGCUGUGACUCCACUGGACUUGAGAACGCAAAAACUCCCCACCAGCAGCUCUCCCAGCCACACACAUGCAGGAUGCAGCCUGGCCGUGUGUAGCCAUGGAGACGCUCCAAGCAGCUCCAACCAGCUAGAAGCUUCCCCCGAAGUGCGCCCGUCUGAGCGGCCAAUCAGAAGAGGCAGGCCGGUGUGCCCAUACCCUCCGCUGCCUGCCCUCGGAACCUUCUAUUUCCGUACGAUCGAGAAGCCGGGCCGGCUGCAGUACCGACACUACAUCCAGUACGCCUGUUACCCUGGUUACACACUGGCCAAUGGGGACGUGCACAGCUACUGCCAGCAGAACGGCACAUGGAGUGGAACCACACCAGCAUGCCUGGCGGUGAGGCCGUGCGCGCUGAAUAACGGGGGCUGCUCUCAGCUGUGCAGCGCUGGACCACACAACCGGGUGCAGAACCGGGCCCUGUGCCGGUGCAGACCGGGCUAUAUGCUGCUGGACGACCAGCGCACCUGCAGAGAUGUAAAUGAGUGUGUGGAGGAGCGCCACCAGUGUCAGCAGGUGUGUGUCAACACACUCGGCUCCUUCAGGUGCAGCUGCAGAACAGGCUUCCAGCUCCACACAGACGGACACACUUGCAAGGACAUCAGUGAGUGUGUGUCGUCAGGGCAGCCGGCGUGCGAGUGGAAGUGUGUGAGCCUCUCAGGAUCUCACCGCUGCAUCUGCCCACGAGGGUUCCGACAGCACACCGACGGGCGCCAGUGCAGGGAUGUUGAUGAAUGCCAGUCCAGUAACGGAGGAUGCUCUCAUGGCUGCAGGAAUAUGCGAGGAGGCUACAGAUGUGUGUGCCCAGAAUCUCAUCGCAUCUCUCCGACCAACCGCAAACUAUGCCUGGCCAUAGCAACACAACCUCCCGAAACCUCUACUUAGUAUUUCUCUGACACUCAUUCUAAUAAUAAUAAUAAUAAUAAAAAAACUUAACAAAAUACCAUUCAAACCAACCACCACAUUAUGCCCUGUAA